CUCAGGGGUGAGGAUCCUCCCGAGUUUUAACCUAGCUGGAAUGUGCCCUUGAACUCUGCUUAAUACCUCUUUCUUGCAUGCUAGAUAGAGGAGUGUGUGCAGAAACCAGCCAGCCAAAUACAUUCUGCCUCUUUCCAUCUCUGGCUCUGCUCACAUUUGCCUCUCCACCAUAAUACACAUGUGGAAGGUUGCAGGGAAGGCAAUAUAACCCUCUGUCUGGAAAAGGUCCAGAAAGAAAAGGAAUCCCGAUCGACUUCCUCAUUCUCCUCAUCUGCUUCCUGAGUCUAGUCCAGAAUGGACAUUGGACCUUACCUGCUACGAAUCGGGUACCAGGGCCCCACUCAGCCUUCCCUGGAGACCCUGCGCAGCCUCCACCGGUGUCACCUCCUCUCCGUGCCCUUCGAGAGCCUCAGCAUCCAUUCCAGGGAGCCCAUCGUCCUGGAAGUGCCCUCCCUCUACAACAAGAUCGUCCGGCACCAUCGGGGCGGCUUCUGUUUUGAGCUGAAUGGCCUCUUCCUGUGGCUGCUGCAGGCAUUGGGAUUUGAGGCCAAAGCUGUGGCCGGGCGCGUCCGGAACCGUUUCACCGGCCGCUAUGGCCCCCCGUUGGACCACAUGGUGAUUUUGGUGCAGCUGGGUGGGCGGCAGCUGCUCUGCGACGUGGGCUUUGGUGAAGGUUUCACGGAGCCAUUGGAGUUGAAGGCCUCUGUGGAGCAAGUCCAGGAAGGUGGCAUCUUUUGGCUGGGCCUCCAAGGGGGCGUCUGGGUGCUGGAACGCCGAGAAGUCUCCGGGAAGGAGGGGAGGCCCUUAUAUCGGUUCACCCUCGAGGAGAAGAAAUUGGAUGAUUUCACGGGCAUGUGUCUGUAUCACCAGACUUCGCCCAGCUCUAUAUUCGCUUGCAAAUCCUUCUGCUCCCUGCAGAAAGAAAAUGGCGGGCGCCUCACAUACAUGGGUUGGCGUCUCAUUUCCAAGAAGGGAGGGGAGAGUACAGAGACCCUCCUGCAGAGCACCGAGAUCCCAGUGGUGCUCCGUGAGAAAUUUGGGAUCAAUCUGAGCGGGGACUUCAAGCCAAAGGAUGAAGAAAUCCUGCCACCUCUCGGGGAAGGUUAAUGUGGGGUGGUGGAAAUUGCUCCCAAUCCAGAAAAUAGCCUAAGAGAUGGUUUGUAAAUAAUUUCUCAGGACUAAUAAAAAAAUUCCUUCAGUAGCACCUUAAAGACCAACUAAGUUUUUAUUUUGGUAUGAGCUUUCGUGUGCAUGCACACUUCGUCAGAUACACUAGAAACAGA